CAGAUCAAAUCACCGUAAUUGGAUCAUCGCCGGAUUAUUGUCUCUCGUCAUCUCAGGGAAGAAAUGAUAUAACGUUUAAACAGGCCUUCACUGCAAUCGCAUAAAGAUAGAGGUAAGCCCCGGGCCCAGUAUCGAUCUUGCUAUAUUGAUGAGCUUGAAGUAACUAAAACUUUCUUGGAAGGCUCUUUCUCUAAAUUGAAUCAGACUCCGGAGUCCGGGCACAGACUGUCCUGAGAUGAGAUAGUUUGUGGGGUCAGCAAUACCCGUCGAUCCGGAGCGCUCGAGCGAAGAAUUGCCCAAAUGCUGCAUCAGUUCCUCGAUCUCGCGCGCGCGCGGCAGUUCGAAUGGUUGGUAUCUCGCUUAUUGAUUUUUGUACGGUGCUUAGAUACCGGCACCCACGAUAUUGACUAUAGAGAUUAGAAAGCUAGCAGUGCAGCGCUGGGUACUUGGUUCUUCAGGCGAAUUAAUGAAUGAAUGAAUGAUGGUUUGAUUACAUGAGCUAACGGUCACGUUACUUACGCAACACCGAGAGAAGAGGAUCUCACUUGUUGUGUAGACAGCAGCAAAGCAGUUUGAGCUGAGCUCUGCUCAAUUACACUGUGAAUUGUUUCUCAUUUGUUUACAGGACUCUGGAACUGAUAAAACAUGGCUUCAUUUUGUGCAUCGAGGUUCUUGCCAGGCCUUUUCCUCAUGCUUGGCCUUGGAAUAGCAGUCGCUCUUGCCAGCAAUACUCCAAACCUCUCGCUGUUGAAAGAUAACUUGAAAGUCAUGAACAUGCCAUUGAGUGACUGGAUUCACAUCCUAGCAACCAACUUCACUAAUUUUGUAGCAUCUCAGACGCUUCUAACGCUCUUCAUAUUUGGUGUUGCCUUCUAUGUUUUCCGUUAUCUCUUCCAGCUAUUCCUAACCCCUUUAAACCUGAACAGGGAAUUGGGUGAUGUCGGGUAUAUCCUUGAUGGAAAGAAGAAGAGAGAUGUGGUGAAUGAGAUCAGGAGAAGAAGGAAAGAAGGACAACUCCCACCCAUCUAUCCCAAUGGAUGGAUUCCGUUGAUUGCUUCCUUAGACUUGGUUAAAGGAGAUGUCAAGUAUAUAACUGCUGUUGGAAAUGAUUUUGCAGUUUAUAGAGGAGAGGAUGGAGAAGCCUAUGCUAUCGAUGCCUACUGCCCUCAUCUUGGGGCUAACAUGGCUAUCGGAGGGAUGGUCAAGGGUAACUGCUUGUCCUGCCCCUUCCAUGGAUGGGCCUUCGAGGGAAAGGAGGGAAAAUGCGUUGACAUUCCAUACCAGGAAGAAGGGAAAUCUAUACCUAUCCAGGCUAAGGUGAAGUCAUGGCAGGUAAUAGAACAAAACGGGUUUGUCUUUGUGUGGCACGAUGCAGAGGGAAGGGAGCCCUCGUGGUUCCCAGAAAACAUCUCAGAUUCAGAAUGGGGCAAGAUGUACCACCAUGGGACCACAAAGCAUUCCAUAGCCGCCCAUGUGGAGGAAAUAUCAGAGAAUGGAGCUGAUUGUCAACAUUUGUCAUUUAUCCAUGGAGCAUUUAUGGGCAGUGGGAACGACCUCAGAUACAUGGGAAGCAAGUUGUGGAGCUGGGCUUCUCAUUCCUGGGGAGGAACAUGGGAACAGGACCCGGACCAGAAGCACAUUGGUGUGAUGACGGUCUACCACGCUUUUAGCUUGUUUGGGAUGCCCAUAAAGGUCACCAAGACAGAGAGCAGAGCCAGACAGAAUGGACCAGCCCAUGUACUCCUCCAUUUCUUUCUGCCUAUUGGCAGGGCUACUAUCGUGAUAGGGGUGACACCGAUUGAGCCUCUUACUCAACUUGUAACUCAGCAUGUAUUUGCCUCAAGAUUCAUACCACGUUGGUUGGCAAAAUCCUUCCUUUAUGCAGAAUAUGUCCAGUUUGAACGCGACAUAAUGGUGUGGAACUACAAGACCUACCAAAGGAAGCCCAUCCUUGUCUCUGAAGAUCGACUCAUUGCCAAACACCGAAGAUGGUACUCGCAGUUCUUCUCAGAGAACAGUCCCCGGUUUGAAGAUAAGAAGCCUUCCCUUGAUUGGUGAUCCGUGCCUGUAAUAUCUUUGUGCAUUAGAAAGCUUUGGUCCUGUUCACAAGCGAGUCUGGGAAACAGGUUUGAUGGACAUUCCGGUCGAAAAAAAAAUCUCAUUGUGCUUCUUAUAUCUAUCUUUUGUAAAAUACAACAAAUAAUGGCUUCAUGUAAGACCUUCAUUGCAUGCAGCUACCAUUUUUAUUACUCUUUUUUUUUUGUAUGAUGUAUUUUUGUGUCAUUCCAGCCAUCCUUGUCAUGUAAAACGUAUGGUUCACUGAUUUUCUCCUUAAUUUGUAAAGGGGAAGGGCUUCGUUGUAAAGCAGUUUUAUAACUGAAUCGAACUACCCUCCACCUUAUUUUAUCAUUUGUUAUAAGUAAAACAUGAAUAAAUAAAUAAAUGAUGAUAUAUGUAAAACUAAGUUCCAAGUAUGUUGCAUUGAGGGACUCCUAAUGAAGACUGGCAGUUAUGGCCAGGCUAUAGGCAAAGCAAGUUCUGCCUUGAUGAUGCAUGUUUAUCUAUGCACUAGUCCUUUACCAGUAUGCCCUACAUUCUAGCCUCCCUGAGACUUGGAAUUAUCACAUGUUUAUCAAGAAAAAGGAAAGUUAGAUAAGUUCAUUCCAAUGUAAUAAUAACUAUGACUGUACAUUCCUGAAUGUAUUGAUGAAAUUGAAAUAUUUUUUAAGGCAAGCACCAUUGUUGCUUAUAGAACUACAAGAGUUUUUCAAAAUUGUAGUGAUGAAUGUAAUCAUGUUAUAGUAGAUGACAUUGAAAUGAAUGCAAGCCUGCAUCAGACAUAAGUGCAAUAUGUUUGCAUAUGAAUGUUUCCUUUACCAACCCCAAAUGUAUUAAAUAUUGGGAUGAUUCGAUAUUCAAACUAUUUUGGAAGUAUUAUUUUUUUGCCAGUGCCAUUAAUGCAUCUUUGACCUGACCUUAUAGUUUCAAUUUUUCAGAGUGUGUAUUAUUGGAUGUUAAAGAACUACUUUUGCAUUGGCAUUCAAGUCACAGCAUUGCAGGCCACGUGCUGCGUAUCUGGGCUAUGUAACACAAAGGUUUGCGAUGGAUUGCAAAUAUGAAAGAACCACACUGAUUGGUCAUGGUCAGUAUUUUAAACCAAAUGCACAUGUAACAUUGAUAUUGAUUGGUUGGUUCAUUUAGCGAUUGAUCGCUAAUCUUUGUUACAGAGCCCUGUUUCUAUUUUUGUCUUGACAGCCUAUCACAGAAAUUAUGUAAGGAUAUGAAUUUUUUAGCAGAAAAACUGUUGAGACUAUGAUUUGUGACUUUUAAUGAAAGUUGGCCUUUGUCCUUUUGGACCAAAUGGCGUUGGACCAAGUGGAAUUCAGAAGUGUGCAUUGUGCAAAGCCUAGAUUUUCUAUUACACAACGGUAGUAAAUGUGUUAAGUGGCAAUUAGGCCGAAUGCGUUAUAAGAUCAAUUGGUUGGAGACAAAAUAGAAUUAGAUCAUAUGGAAUGAAACUAAACAAGCAUUGGACCAACUGGGUUACAUUAGACAAAGUGGCAAUUUUAUCUUUUUAUGCAUGUAAUUCUAGAGUCAAACUGUACAUUACCAAAGAUUUUUAGAUUUAGAACAGGUAAGUGAAUCGUUCUUGUUAAAUUGUGUGAAAGAAUAGUAAUCAUUGAAGUGCCUUUAUAUAUGAAAAUUAUUUAUUUUAAUCUUUAGACAAAUAUGUUAUAAUUCGAAAUCUAAUUAAUGUAUUCAGAAUUUAGUGCAAGAGAUUGAAAAAUUAGAAUAGCAUAGAAAUCAGCAAAUUUAAUGCCUAUCAAACACAGUAUUUAGACAUCUGCAUUUCUUGUUGCGAAACAAGUAUGAUUAAUAGUUCAGUUUUAGUCUCAUUAUAUCUUUUUUUUUCUUGCAGUUUCUGCAUUAGAUGUGAUUUCAAUUGUUGGUGUGCUCAAUUUCAGUUAAUAUUUGAUGGCUAUGCAAUUUAGCUUGAAAUAAAUGGGUCAAUCAUGGCUACGUGCAGAACGCAGAGUAGAUUGCGUCUUUCCAACUUAUGAAAACUAGACACUGAUCAUUUGUCUCAAGUCUAAUCAAUGAUUUGUAAACUUCUAAAAUUUAUAUUACUAUCUUAUCAUUGGAGUAAUGAAUUAUAACUUCUUUGAUUAGCGACAGAUAUGGAGACUGUGGAGUGCUUCCUGCUCUCCGUACCAUUUGGUUAUAUCUCGGAUCUCUCUUACUAGUUAUUUAUUGAAAGAUUCUAGGCGUUGAUAGCAGCGAAAUAUGAAAGUCCAUUAUUUUAAAGAAACGCCUUGGUUUGUAAAAAGAGAUGUUAUCAAUCUACAACUAUGCACCUUUAGACAGUAUGAGAGCCAAUGGAAAAAUAAGGCUUCACACUAGCCGUGUAAGGAAAAAUAAAUGGUGUUUUGUGAGUGGGAGUUCUUCCCCAAUCAGAUAAUAACGUGGUUUUUGUUUUUACUAAUGAUAUCCCCCAAAAAAACACCUGCAAACUUUUAUGCUUCCAAAUUAUAAUUUUUUACAGGGUUUUGGAGGGGUUCCAGUAAUACCAGGGCUCUGUAACACAAAGGUUUGCGAUGAAUUGCAAAUAUGAAAGAACCGCACUGAUUGGUUCCCGGUCAGUAUUUUAAAAAGGGUGCGCAUGCAACGAUGGUCUUGAUUGGUCAUUGGUAUUAAGUGAUUGAUUGCAAACCUUUGCGUUACAGAGCCCAGGGCCCCGUCUUACAAAGAGAUACGAUUGAUCCAAUCAAUCGUAACUCUAUGGAAAUCCGUCAGUGUCAUAAUUUUUUCUACAGGAAAUUUGCAAAAUGUCCUUUGUAAACAAAGGAGAACACACUGAACUGUCAAGAAAUCAAUGAAUUUAUCGAUAUACAUUCAUAUCCAGAAAAAUUCUGAGCAAACAUGCAUUGAAUAUGUUGACUUUGCUGGCUUUCCAUAGUUGCGAUUGAUCGGAUCAAUUACAACUCUUUGUAAGACGGGCCCCUGUACUUUCGAUGCCCCCAAAGGAAAUGCCUGCAAACUAGUAGUCACUUUCAAUUAUGAGAACAUAUGCAGGCAUCAGAUCCUACAAAGCAUUUCAUGGGCCCGAUUGUCUGGGAACAAUAGUGACUCUGUUAUGCUUGUGCAUGGGCCCAUACAUUUUUUGAUGCUGGAUACACUAGUGUUUUUCAGAAAUUUUCAAGAAAUAAUUCCAAGGUGACAUGGAUAUUUGCAGUCUAGAAGCCAAUGUGAGACUAGAAUGUGCAUCCUUACACACUUCUAACAGUCCUAUGCCUGACAUAAAGAACUGUUGUAAUUUGUUUUCAAACCCUAAACCAUAAAGAACUCUGAAAAAGGACCUGGCAUUUUCAAAAGAACAUAGUAGUUUGCAGGCAUUUUCUCUGAAUGGUAUUAAUACGAGUACUUUGCUUGUGCAAAAGGUGAUAUUAUUUUUAUUGCACAGGUGUGAAAGCUUCUUCUGUAGAGGACUUGGGAAUAGUCCUGUGCGUUACCAGACUCUCAGUGGUGCUUUGUUUGUUUACCUCUCAAUAUCUGGGUUACCAAUUUUAGUAAUGACAUUCAUUUGGGUAGAUAACCUUAUCUCUUGAGUAGGCUUAGUAAAUGAGUCUACUAUGAUAAAAGCCUAAGGUGUGUAUCUGGGAAUAUGAAAAUGAAAGAGAAUACUUAUAAUUAUGUUUCUGUAGAUAGAUUACGUGCAAUGUUUCAUGUGAGCCAAUUUGAUGGAUCGUUUUUUAAUUGAAAGUAAACAUUGAUAUGCUUCCAAGCCUGCAUUCAAUCAACACUUCUUUGAUCUGAGAAAUGCAGUUUAAUACCAGUUUCGCAGUUUCAAACCACAGUUGCAUUCAAGAAAUCUUUUUAUAUUCAAAUCAAAGACUAGAUGUCUUUCAAAACACAAACAUAAAACAAAAGAAAAUGAUGCAAUGGAAAGGCAAUUCGGCAGCAAUUAAAUGCCAGGAGAUCUUUAUCAUUAUUCCUAGACGGGCGUGAUUUCCGUUCUAAUAUGUGUCGCAUAUACAUGCCAAUCUGUGAUUUGCAGUGAAAAGAGGGACAAACAGUGCUGCUGAAGUAUUAAUCGUGUUAUGUGUUUCUGCUUUGACUUAUGAUUGACGUUUGUGAAUUUAGCUUUAAAAAAUUGAUAAAAGGCAAUCAAAAUGAACAACUGUGUCCCAAUGAGCUCUUGUGUUCCUUUUCAUUUGAUCAAUUCUGCAUAGGCAAAACACACACUUUUUUCAGAAGAUUAUAAGCAAUGCAUCAUACUUCUCUAAGAUGUUUGAAAACAUAUGGGGAAGUUUGAGACAUAUAUGUUAAAAUGAUUGUUUGAAGGUUUGUUGUAUUAUCAUGUCCAUUUGGUAAAUUAAGGCAUAAUCCAAUUAGAACAAGUGGAACCUCCUUGCUCAAACCAUGGUCUGUAUCACCUAUCAUGAUAUAAUUAUUUACUUUGCGGUUUGGCUGGUCAGCUAUCAUUCUACCCAUAAUACUUUGGACUUUUUUUGGUGCCAUAUCAAAUAGAUUAUACAUUUUGUGCCAUACAUGAAUAAGUACACGUAAGCUAUCUACAGACCAUGAAUUAUCUGGCUUCCAGACGAUAUUUACAGAUUAGAUUUCAGAUUAUUUGGCAUGGAGUUAUACAAACUCCAUGAUUUCAGUACUCGACUGGUACAAUAUUUAUAGAAUCAUUUUCUCAUGCACUGUCUAUUUAGCACUUGUCACCCCCAUGUUCCCUUUUAAUCAAUCUAGCUGUCUUGUUUUAUUGGAUGUGUGAACAAUUAAAUAUGGGAACUAUGUGAUUUGUGUCAUUGGAAAAAAAAUAGAUCAAUAAAAUAAUAUAAGAUUUGUAUAGCGCACAUAUCCGCCUUGCUUGGUGCUCAAGGCACUCCUGUAUUACCCCAGCUAAGCUAGUCUACCGAUUCCGGUGCACACAGCUUUUUGAGGAAUUACUUCCUACUGGUUCCCAUUUACUUCACCUGGGUUGAUUGCAGAACAAUGUGUGUAAAUUUCUUGCUGAAGGAGACAUCAAGAAAAUAUUUAUGAUUUUCAAGGAUUUAUUCAGUUUGUGAUUUUAUUUACCUUUUUAUUGACUUUAAAACUUAUAAUUUCAGACAAUAUCAUGGGAUUUAACCUGUAUAGAUCAAAUACAAAAUUUUGUUCUUUCGAAAGAUUAGUACAAUCCAGUUUCUGAAUUGAAUUGAUUUGUCUUCAAAGCACUUUGCUCGGAAACUAUCAAAUGGACUGCGGCACAUCAGGGGCCUUGGAGUGAGUUUUAAAGAGGGGUGCUGGUUUUUUAUUAAGCACCCCCCACCACCACCACCAAAAAGAGGGUUUUCACACCCAAAUGAAGGAGAUUGGGGCCAGAUCUCUACAUUUUACCUGGGGGGUACUUAGAUUUGGUUUGGAUGGGGGUGUGCAGCUGAAAGUUCAAAACCCAAACCCAUAUUUACGGGUCAUUUUGGCUAAAAAGGUACCCUUUAGUAAGGAUUUAUUUAAAUUUGACAAGCAAAAAAAAGGUUACCCAAAAUUGGGAAUAUGGACCCAUGUUUAAGGCCAGUAUCUAAAAAUUGGGGCCAUGUUUAGGGAUUUUCCAGCAUAAAACCAUACCCCAUGUUUAGGGAUUUCUUCUAAAAAAAGCGACCCAUUCUGGCGGCACAUCCCCGUAUGCCUUAUUUCGUGAGUACCCCCCCCCCCCGGAUAUUUUAGCAUACCAACCUAAUUUCUAGGGGAUGCUGUGUAUGGUGUAACAACAUAUGUAGCACCCCCAGUGCAUUUUAAUACUUCCCAGGGCCACGUAUAGCACAUCCUUUUCAUGAAGGUUCACUCACUUCUCCCAUUGGUAUUUUUAUUAUUUCCCCUUAAUUUACAAGUGUAAAUGUUAUUUUAUGAGGAAACUAUUUCAAUCAAAUAUAUUUUUGAUUUUGAUAAAUUUUGGAGCUGUUGAACUUGCAAGUGACUUAUUUAUUUAUUUCCACAUAAAAAAACAAAUUAUGAUACAUGUUAUAACAAUCAAUAUACGAAGUGGGGAGGUCACUAAAAGCUAAGAUGCUUGUCAAGAGAGACUCCUGUUAAAUGAAAAAAAAAACAUUGCUCUUUGUAAUAUAAAUGGUACACAUCAAAUUGUACAAAUCAUCAUCU